AGGUAUUCCCCUUCUGGGUUUUCUUUAUUUCUUCUUUUUUCUGAAUACCCAUUUUUAAUCUUUUAAGUUGUUUUAGCUCUAGGAAUGAGGUAAGAGUAGUGAAAAAGAUUCAUUUUUUCUUGUUUUAUUCAUUGCUUCUUUGCUACUCUUACAUUGCUUCAGAUAGAUCUAUUAAUGGUUUGUAAGAUUAGUCUUUAGGUCUGCGUGGGGAAUUUGGAGUUUGUUGUGCCCACCAGGUGUUUGUUAAAAUGGGGCUAUGGGUGCAUUUGGUUCUAGCUUUUAUGCUGUCCUGUUUCUUGAUUCAGGAGGCAAAUGCUGCUUUUACUCCUGCUGAUAAAUAUUUGAUUGCUUGUGGAUCUUCCAAAAAUGUAACCUUUCUUGGCCAGAUUUUUGUUCCUGACACACACCAUUCUUCAGUUGUUUUGGAGAGUGAAGAAAAUUCUAUUUCUGCAACAUCUAAUUCCACUGCUCCAUUUUCAAUUUACCAGUCUGCUAGAAUUUUCCACACUACAACAUCUUACGAAUUUGAUAUUCAUCAACAAGGGCGACAUUGGGUUCGCCUUUAUUUCUAUCCUCUCCCUGGUCAUAACUUAACAUCUGCCUCAAUCACAGUUGUCACAGAAAAUUUUGUUCUGUUGAACAAUUUCAGUUUCAAGAGAUAUAAGGGUACUUAUCUAUUUAAGGAAUACUCAAUUAAUGUCACUUCAGAUAGCUUGACUAUUGCUUUAAUCCCUUCAAACAACUCCAUCGCGUUUAUUAAUGCGAUUGAAGUUGUAUCAGCUCCUGAUGAGUUGAUUCCGGAUCAAGCUGUGACUGCAUCUCCACCAGCACCUUUCAAUGGCCUUUCUGGGCUAGCCCUUGAAACUGUUUAUCGGUUAAACAUGGGAGGUCCUUUGAUUACUGCUCAGAAUGAUACUCUAGGGAGAACGUGGGAGAAUGAUGUUAAGUACCUGCAUGUUAAUAGCUCUGCAGUGAAUGUUUCAGUUAUCCCUUCAAGCAUAAAAUAUCCAGCCACCAUUACUCCUGAAAUAGCACCAUAUUGGGUUUAUGCUACUGCUGAAACCAUGGGAGAUGCUAAUACUGUCGAUGGGAAUUUCAAUAUCACCUGGGAGUUCCCAGUUGAUCCAAACUUCAUGUACCUCAUCCGCGUACAUUUUUGUGAUAUCGUGAGCGAGUCCUUGAAUACUCUACUUUUUAAUCUGUACAUAAAUGAUGACACUGCUUUACCGGACCUAGAUUUGUCUUCAGUUGGCAAUUUGGAUGUGCCGUAUUACAAAGAUUUUGUCUCCAACUCCACAACAAAUUCAGGUGUUCUGACAGUCAGUGUUGGUCCAGACACAGGAGCUGAUUGGAUCAAUGCCCUUAUGAAUGGAUUGGAAAUCAUGAAGAUUAGCAAUGGAGCUAGAAGCUUGAGUGGGGUUUCAUCUGUGGAGACUCUAUUUGUGAGGCCUCACAAAAAGAACAAAAAAGGUAUUAUAAUUGGUUCUGUUGUAGGAGGAGCAUCAGCUGUAUUAGCAAUUAUUGGGUUGUGUUAUUGCUGCUUGGUAGCCCUCAGAUCAAAGAGCUCCCGCCAGGGGCAGCCAUGGCUUCCUCUUCCCCUGUAUGGAAACUCUUUAACUUUGACAAAGAUGUCCACAGUUUCUCAAAAGAGUGGAACGGCAAGCUGUAUCUCCUUAGCUUCACCCAAUCUUGGUCGAUUCUUCAGUUUCCAAGAAAUAAUGGAUGCUACUAACAAGUUUGAUGAAAACUUGCUUCUUGGUGUUGGUGGUUUUGGUAGAGUCUACAAGGGAACACUAGAAGAUGGGACAAGGCUUGCUGUCAAAAGAGGCAACCCGAGAUCUGAACAAGGUCUAGCUGAAUUUCGAACAGAAAUUGAAAUGUUGUCCAAGCUUCGCCACCGCCAUCUUGUGUCUUUGAUUGGUUAUUGUGAUGAAAGAUCAGAAAUGAUUUUGGUUUAUGAAUACAUGGCAAAUGGGCCUCUCCGAAGUCAUCUUUAUGGAACGGAUCUUCCAUCUCUUUCGUGGAAGCAGCGUCUUGAGAUUUGUAUAGGUGCUGCUAGGGGGCUGCAUUACCUCCACACUGGUGCAUCGCAGAGCAUCAUUCACCGUGAUGUGAAAACUACAAACAUACUCUUGGAUGAGAACUUUGUAGCUAAAGUUGCUGAUUUUGGUCUUUCUAAAGCUGGACCAGCUAUUGAUCAGACCCAUGUCAGCACUGCUGUUAAAGGUAGCUUUGGUUACCUGGAUCCCGAGUACUUUAGAAGACAGCAGCUUACUGAGAAAUCAGAUGUUUAUUCAUUUGGUGUUGUCCUAAUGGAAGUGCUCUGCACCAGACCUGCAUUGAAUCCUGUCCUACCACGGGAUCAAGUCAAUAUAGCUGAGUGGGCCAUGACUUGGCAAAAGAAAGGCAUGUUGGAUCAGAUAAUGGACCCAAAUCUUACAGGGAAGGUGAAUUCAGCCUCCCUCAAGAAGUUUGGGGAGACUGCGGAGAAGUGUUUGGCUGACCAUGGAGUUGAUAGACCUUCCAUGGGGGAUGUUCUAUGGAAUCUAGAAUAUGCUCUUCAGCUUGAGGAAACCUCAUCAGCUCUGGCAGAGCCCGAUGAUAACAGCACGAACCAUAUACCCAGCAUACCUUUGACACCAUUUGACAAUAGUGUGAGUAUGAUCGAAGGGAUCAACUCUGGAACUGAUGAUGAUGCAGAGGAUGCUGCCACUAGUGCUGUUUUCUCUCAACUGGUAAAUCCACGGGGAAGGUGAAAAGGAACAGUCUCUGGUGUAUGUGACAUCCCAUAAUUUUUAUUUUGUGGCUUCAACAAAAUAUUAAUGUGAUUUAAAAAUCUUUUCAUUCAUAGUAUUUGGGUCAUUUUUCCUAAUAAAUGCUCGGGUAUGUACUGUAAAUGAUUGGUGGAGCUGGGCAUCCAUUGAAAUUUGUCUUUGUAAUACUAAGAGUUGUAACCUUGUAUGAACUAUUACAUAGGUGAUAGAGUUGCCUCUUUUACUCAUAGAUGUCAUGACUAUAAAUUGUCAAAGCUUCGUAAUCAGUGAUGUAGAGAGAAACAAUAUUAAUCAAUUGUUGCAGCACUUCUGCUGAAUUA